GAGGCAGAGCCAGACCAUCCUCCUGUCCAACCCGAGCAGCGAGGCCUGGACCCUGCAGCCCAUCAUUGAGGGGAAAUACUGGAAAGGGCCUGAAUUUAUCCAUCUGGAGGCCAGGCAAAAAGAAAAGGUCUACCAGGUCACCUACAGACCCCUAACCAUGAGCUCUGAGAACAAGAAGCACCAGGGCUCCAUCUUCUUCCCCCUGCCGGACGGGACAGGCUUACGCUACCACCUGGAAGGAACUGCUGAAGCCCCCAGGUGUUCAGGGGCCAUUUCCCGGCAGGUUCCAUGCAGGAAGUGCCACACGGAGCUCAUCCCUGUGUCCAACUGGCUGCACAGACCACAGAGGUUCCUGGUGGUUAUUGACAUGCUCAAACCAGAGAACCUGGAAAGCAGUUCUGUGCUGCAGGGGUGUUCCUACAUGGACGUGCCAAGCUCUGCGAAGAAGGACUACCAGCUGACCUUCCUCUCCUACAAAGAAGGAGUCUUCAGGGCAAAGGUGACCUUCCUCAAUGAGACAACCGGAGAGUACUUGUUCCACAUGGUGACUUUCAAGGCGGUGGCUUCAGGACCCAUGGGCACUGUUCAAAUGAGCACCGCUGUUCGGCAGAGAGUGUCCUCCAGCGUCAAGGUGGACAACCCUCUGCCUGUCCCGGUGACGUUUGACAUCAACUGCAAAGUGCCCGACGUCAGCAUUCCCCAGCACUUUACUGUCCCUGCACAGUCGAAGGCGGAUCUUGUCUUGGAGUAUCAGCCCCUGCAAACGGGUGAGAGCAGCGGGCAGCUGGUGCUCCAGAGCAGCGACUUGGGCUCUCUGUUUUACACCCUGCAGCUGAAAGCCACCUGGAGCAGGCCAGAGAAGCCCGUGUAUUUCCGCACCAGGCUGGGCUCCCGUCAGACCAUCACCACCAAAAUACGGCAUUUUGCCCAGCAGAAGACCGAGUACCUCGUACAGACCGACUGUGCCGACUUCCAGACGGCAAAAUCCAUCAGUGCGGCACCCGCCAGUGCUGGGGGCUCGGACCUGAGCGUGGAAGUGACCUUUGAGCCCUGCCACCUGGGCGAAGCCAAGGCCACGCUGCAGCUCAGCUCUGCAUUGGGCGGGCAGUACUGCAUCCCACUCAUCGGCCUUGCGCUGCCCCCUGAAGCCCAGGGCCCCUUCCUCAUCCCAGCCGGCGGCACCACCUCCAUCUCCUUCAGGAACGUCUUCCGGAAGGCCACGGCGUUCCAAUACGCAGUGAAGCACCCGGGCUUCACCGUCAGGGCCCCCGAGGUGCUGCGCGCCAAGAGCAGCACCACCAUCACCGUCUCCUUCGCGGGCGGCCCGGCUCCUGUCACCAGCAGGCUGGUGGUCUCCUGCCCUGGGGGCUCCUGGAUCUACCACCUCCGGGGCCUGCCCUCCCCCCGCAAGUGAGCAGCUGCCCCCGGCCCUUCCUGCCACGUUCGUGCUCUCUGGAGCAAAUAAAUGUCAUUUAACAUCCUCCCACACGACGUCCUUGUCUCUGAAUGGGAGAGACGUGAAUUUGCUGGAUGGACACCCGGUGGACAAGGAAUUGGCUGGAUGACUGCACGCAGAGAGCUGCGGUCAGUGGCUCUAUGUCCAACUGGAGACCAGUGAGGAAUGGUGUCUCUCAGGGGUCGGUGUUG